AGCAGGCAGACUCGGCAGUUGGCUGACUACUCAGAGAAGAAAAUCCGUUGUUGUAGAGGAAGAAAGGCUCAACAAUUUAGAGCAACGUUUAACGCACUAACACGAGCGUUAACCCCCAUUUUUUGCGGGUCGUUUUUCUCCAACUUGUUUUUUCCCCCCCGUUUUGUUUAGCUAACAUGGCUUGUGGAGCUACGUUAAAGCGGUCGAUGGAGUUUGAGGCCCUCCUCAGUCCCCAGUCUCCCAAGCGGAGAAGGUGCAAUCCACUACCGGGGACUCCCAGCACUCCGUCCCCUCAAAGAUGCAACCUCCGUCCCCCGGUCGACAGCCCAACGCAUUCGAUGUCUCCUCAGGCCACGGGAGGCGAACACAGGCUCACUCCAGAGCAGAUCUUCCAGAACCUCCGUCAGGAGUACAGCCGGAUCCAGAGGCGGCGGCAGCUGGAAGGGGCCUUCAACCAGACUGAGGCCUGUAGCUCCAGUGACGCCCCCAGCCCCAGUUCCUCCAUCAACGCUCCCAGCUCCGCACCAGGUGCCUCAAGGAAGGACCAGCCCUCGUUUACACUGAGGCAGGUGAGCUACCUGUGCGAGCGCUUGCUCAAAGACCACGAGGAGAAGAUCCGGGAGGAGUACGAACAGAUCCUUAACACAAAACUCGCAGAACAAUAUGAAUCUUUUGUGAAAUUCACACAAGACCAGAUCAUGCGAAGAUACGGGGCCCGGCCUGCUAGUUAUGUCUCCUGAACUCACAUCGAUGAGAUCCCAGCUUCCUCUCACAAGAUGGCUGCUCUUCUACUGCCCUCUUCCACUUGAUUUUCAUUUUACUCUCCCACCUCCCCCCCCACCCAUCCCCACCCUCCCUAAACUGUUUGGGUGCCAUGGUUUAUCCACUUUUUAAUCCAAAAGUUGAUUUCUUACUUAAAAACUAUCGCUGCUGGCCAAAAGUUAGAAGAAUCUGAAAGAUAAACUAUGUAUUGCCCCCACCCCCCCCCCCCCCCCUCUUUUUUUGCCCCUUUUUCUUGUUGAUAUGCUCUUUCUGAAAAUCCUGACUAAAAGCAGAUCUGUGUCAAAUCUCUUGCCGGCGCUGUAGAAAAAGCUUAUUGGCUCAUGUGAUCAUUAUGUAUAACCUCCCAGCAGCUGUAUUUAAUGGCUCCUGCUUCUCACAUUGUCCCACUUUUCUUGCCCCCUUCCUCCCCCCCAACAUCUCUUUACCUGAGAAUGUGGAUUUUUCUCCCUUUUGAAAAAAAUAAAAGUUCUGUGAUUUAAAA